AAGCCUUCUGUCAGUCUGAGAGCUUCUUGACUUUGGGGUGGGGGUGGGGAGUCCACUUCUUUGAAUCUGUCUCCGCCUCCUUCCCUUUCUAGCCUUGCUAUUGCCAGUGUUCGGGAAUGUGGCGAAUUGGCUUCUGGAUAGAGAAGGAAAGAAGGGACAGAGAAAAACCUCCAAGUAGGUGUACUUUGCUGCUGCUUGCCUUUUCCCGAUGCUCUUCAUUGGCUGCCUGGUCUUGCCCCCUGGGAUUACCCUCUCUCUUUAGAUGCACAAUACAAACCUCGGCGAGCUGGUUGCCAACAACAACCCAAAAAUGCACGACAUCCCAAGCGCCGGCGAAUAGAUCACCAUGGGAAAAGACGUACUCGGUUCGAACAGGUUCUGUCGAUUGUCAGGGAGCUCUCCAGGGUCCUGAAAACUCGGCAGCUUUUCCUGCUACUACCGUAGCGAUCUCAUUCCGAACUCUCUGAUCCCUCAGGAGCCUCCCCCUCCCCUUAUGACUUGGACACGUUCUUUUGGGAGGAGGUUGUAAAUACCUCGCCAUACCAUGGCCCACAUUAAAUACCUGCGUGCUGCUGUCUCAGGAUUCUAUCUGUGGGAAGCUGCGGUGCUGCUCAGUUUGGUGGCAACCAAGGAAAUUGACAGUGCGAGAUCCCGUAAUAUACCAAUGUCUCCUUCAGAUUUUCUGGAUAAAUUAAUGGGAAGAAUGUCUGGCUAUGAUGCAAGAAUCAGACCAAAUUUCAAAGGGCCUCCAGUAAAUGUUACAUGCAACAUCUUCAUUAAUAGUUUUGGAUCCAUUGCAGAAACAACAAUGAAUGAAAAUAUUCUUUUUGCUUCAUUUGCUUUACAUUCUUUCAGGCUGACUUUAAUACUUUCCUGUCCAAUGGAUCUCAAAAAUUUCCCAAUGGAUGUCCAGACCUGUAUAAUGCAACUGGAAAGCUUUGGCUAUACAAUGAAUGAUCUUGUAUUUGAAUGGCAAGAAAAUGGUGCUGUUCAAGUAGCUGAAGGACUCACUUUGCCACAGUUUUUGUUGAAAGAAGAUAAAGAUCUUUGUUACUGCACAAAACACUACAAUACAGGAAAGUUCACCUGCAUCGAAGUUCAAUUCCAUCUUGAAAGGCAGAUGGGAUAUUAUCUCAUUCAAAUGUAUAUUCCCAGUCUCCUGAUUGUCAUACUAUCAUGGGUGUCAUUUUGGAUCAACAUGGAUGCCGCUCCAGCUAGAGUGGCUCUAGGUAUAACAACUGUACUCACUAUGACAACCCAGAGUUCAGGAUCACGGGCUUCACUCCCAAAG